AUUUCGCGCCGCUUAACAAUGAAGCAGAUAGCAAUAAAGGGCUCUGUGGUGUAAUAUACUAAUAAAUAUAUUACAUAUUAUUAAAUUGCCACUUUAGCGCUUGAGUCAAUAUUCAUUUUACGUCGGAACCUUUCUCACACUCGCGUUUCUCACGGACGACUAUUGAUGGUGCUCACGUUCAUAGUUGGGAUCACGUGUGUUUUGAAAAGUUCCCACGAAUGGAACCAAACAGGCGGGUUGUGGCAUUCAAGUAGCGGCUCCUCGACGCUUUGAUAAACACCCACCGCUCUCUUUUAGAAGAUUAUUAUAAUUAUAAUUAUUAUAGUAUUUAUUUGUCUAACUUCAGCUCGUGCCGGCUGCGGACAGUCGGGCGCCGCCUUCGCACGAGGAUUGGACGGGUUUCGCUUUAACGAAUCCGUCGCUGUCGUUAUCUGGGUGGGCAGAUUGGGUUGAUCACGACCAUCGUGUCGUCAACAUGGUGUUCUUCACCUGCAACGCCUGCGGGGAGUCCCUGAAGAAGGCUCAGGUCGACAAGCACGUGGGCAUGUGCCGGGGUUGCCAGGUCCUGUCCUGCAUCGACUGCGGAAAAGAUUUCUGGGGUGACGACUACAAGAACCACGUCAAAUGCAUCAGUGAGGACCAGAAGUACGGAGGCAAAGGCUUCGAGGCCAAGGCCAACAAAGGAGAUGUGAAGCAGCAGCAGUGGAUCCAGAGGGUCCAGGACGCCAUGAACAAACCUGGAGUCAGUGCGAAGCUGAAGGGGGUCCUCCAGCAAGUCAGUUCAUAUGAUAACGUCCCGAGAAAGAAGGCCAAGUUUCAGAACUGGAUGAGAAACAGUCUUAAAAUAAGUAACAGCAGUCUUCACGAUGAAGUGUGGGACAUCUUCGCUGCAGCUGACACUCCUCCCGAGGCGCCCAAAGAAGCCGAGCAGCCGGUGGCUGAAGUCAAAGCGGAGUCCAACGGAAAGGACAAGCAGAACGGCGGCCAUGAAGGCGACGAGAAGAAGAAACUGAACAAACGCGAGCGCAAAGAGGCCCGUCAGCAGAAGAACGGGAAGGCCGUGAAAGGUGCCGAUAAGACGGCGGUGCAGGAGCCGGGAGAAGGCAAAACGAAAAAGAAGGACAGGAAGAGAAAGCACGGCUCUGAAGAAGAAGAAGAAGGAGACGAAGAGCAGAACGGUGCCGAUGAUGAGAAAUCCAGCAAAAAGUCCAAGAGGAUCGACCAAGAGGAUGCCGACACGUCUGAGGUGACGGAGGAUCAACAAGUUCCCAAAGGCAAAUUCAACUGGAAGGGAAACAUCAAGGCAGUUCUGAGAGAGUCCGCUGACCAGGAACUGCAAGUAAAGAAACUGAGGAAGAAGGUUGUGGCAGCGUACUACUCUUUCACUGGUGAUGGGAAUUUUAAAAAGGAGGAGGAGGUGCUCGCGCUUUUCACCAAGAAGAUCAACAACAACCCCACAUUUAGAGUCCUGAAGGACCGCGUUCAACUCGUGAAGUAGAAUGCAGUAGUAUGUUUCUGUCACCCGCCUGGCAUGAAAUGUAUGUUCCUUUUAAAAUGUAGAAGCUAUUGUUGUCUGCCAUCCUCCCUCUUUUGUACAGAUGACCUGAUCUCGAAGAUUAAAUCGUUUUAUAACUGAAUUUCCGUUGUUUUAUGUAUGAAAUGACAACUGUGAUAGACGGCCGCUCUGUUCCACAUUCCAAGCCCACGGCGAGGCUGGGAAAUGGCACCUUAUCUGUGGGAUUGGAUGUUGGCGUGGGGGAAGGGGAAACAGGAGAGGUGCACCUGAGGUGAAUUUGACUCUCACACGGGACCGAGCUAAUGCACAUUCCUCGGCACCCCGAACGGGGUUCACUUGGCCGGCUACACAGAAGCUCCAUAGAAGCAAGAUGCUUGGUGUCAGCCUCAGGUGAAGUUUUAAUGCCGUCUGCUUUUCCACCGCUAGAAUGAGCAGCCCCUUUACCGUGUGUGUGUGUGUGUGUGUGUGUGUGUGUGCCCAGCUUUAUGAAGCCCUGCUAAUCCCAGCAGGUUUAACACUGAUGCUCAUUCAUCACACGACUUUACUUGUAAUUGUAUAUCGCAUACUUUGGGUAUUAGUCAAGCUGUUACUCACGUUUGCUCGUAUUAAAACUGUUUUCUAGUCCAGUGUGACUCAAUAUUGCUUAAUGCUUUUGUUUUAAUCCAGACCCCACAGGAUACCCCAGAAGAACUGAAACUAAGCCGGUCUGAGAUGGACAUGUUUGUGCAGGAUUAACUGGCCAUGUGUGUGUUUCGUAUCGCAGUAUUCUAUUUGGUCGUUUCUGACAGAAGAAACAUUGUUUCUCUUAAAGAUUAAAUGUUGAAGUGAUGAAA